UUCAGUAUCUUGCCUUCUCUUCCUUGACGUCGAACACCCCCCGUUUCGCAUUACUCAGUACCUCAUCGAACACCAUCUACGUUGCCACCACAAUGGCAGGCGGCAAGCCCUACCCCGAAGUCCCCGUGGGGAACAAGACCUACACCAAUGCGGCUGUCGUCAUCAUCGGCGCCGGCAUCUCUGGCAUGUGCACUGCCAUUGACCUCAUCAAACGCAACAACUGCCGCAACUUCGUCAUCCUCGAGCGCUCGGCGGGCUUUGGCGGGACGUGGCAUGACAACAAAUACCCUGGAUGUUGCUGCGAUGUGUGGAGUAUGCUCUACUCAUUCAGCUUCGCCCAAAACAGCGACUGGACCCGCGAGUACCCCGGGCAAGAAGAGAUCCUCUCCUACCUCGUGCGCGUCGCGCAAGAAUACAACCUCUACCAAUACGUGCGCUUCAACACGAGCGUCGAGGAGUCGACGUGGGACGACGAGGCGAAGAAGUGGCGCACAAAAGUCAGCACGGCGCAGGGCAGCAAGGAGGGCGAGUUCCAGCAGGAGUACACGAUUUCGAGCGACUUCCUCGUUAGUGCUGUUGGGCAGUUGAACUCGCCCAAAUGGCCGGAGAUUGAGGGGAUUGGGUCGUUUGAUGGCAAGACGAUGCAUUCUGCCCGAUGGGAUUGGUCGUAUGAUUUGGAGGGGAAGAGGGUGGCGAUGUUGGGGAGUGGAUGCACCAGUGCACAGAUUGUCCCCGAAAUCGCCAAAGUAGCCAAGCACAUCACAAUCUUCCAGCGCACGCCCAACUGGCUCUUCCCGCGCAUGGACCAGCCGACAUCCGCCCUGAUGCGCAGCGUCUACAAGUACAUCCCGCCGAUCCGGUGGCGCAAGCGCGCGGGGCAAAUGGACUUCCGCGAAGCCUUCUACGACGCCGUGACGGACUCGCAGAGCGACAAUGCGAACAUGAUCCGCACGCUGCACCAGCAGAAGCUGGAGGCGGAGUUGCCGGAUCGCAAGGAUUUGUGGGACAAGUUGACGCCCAAGUAUAAUCCUGGUUGCAAGCGGGUGAUUAUCUCCGACGACUUCUUCCCUGCGCUUGGGCUGCCGAAUGUCGAUUUGGAGACAAGGCCGAUUGAUUCUAUUGCCGGGAGUAAAGUCAAGGUGACGGAAGCGGAUGGGAGGAUUGUGGAUGUGGAGCCGGAGUUUGAUCUGCUCGUAUGCGCGACGGGGUUCAAGACAACGCAGUUUAUGCAUCCGAUUGAGAUGAAGGGGAAGAAUGGACGUGCCCUCAGCGAAGUGUGGAAAGAUGGCGCUCAAGCGUUGUAUGGGACGUGUGUGGAGGACAUGCCCAACUUCUGCCAGCUCUACGGCCCAAAUACCAAUUUGGGUGAGUUUCGCCAAUUGCAGUGCCCCGAGGCCGCAAUACUGACCUUCUUAACAGGCCACAACAGCAUCAUCCUCAUGAUCGAAGCGCAAUCCCGCUGGAUCAACGGCCUGAUCGCCCCCGUCCUGACCGCGCGCAAACAAGGCAAAGCGCUCAGCCUGCGCCCCAAACCCGCCAAAGUAGCAGCGUACAACGCCGAGAUCCAAGCAGAGCUGCAAGCGUCCAGCUUCAACGACCCAAACUGCAACUCGUGGUACAAGAAUGAGAGCGGGCGCAUCACGAACAACUGGUCGAGGACGGUGGUCGCGUACCAGCAUCAGAUGGAGGAGGUGAAAUUCGACGAUUUCGUGGUUGAGGGGAGUGGGGUGGGGAUUGUGAGGGAUCGGCCGAGGAUUCAUGUGGGAAGGGUGAAGGAGGAGACGAGCGUGAGUGAUCGGACGAUUGUGGCGUUGGGGGCGGUGGGCGCUGCUGCUGUGGUGGGGAGUUGGUUGUUGAGGAACUCGCAGUAUUUGAGGCAGGUCAAGGUGAGUUGAGUUCGGGUUGCGUGCAGUCGGAUGCGGAAUGCUGAUGCUUCGUAGCUUCCGGCGUUGUCGUCUUGAUGUCGUUUUGAGGGCGUUGUGCGUGCC